UCUGGAGAGCUCCACUCUACGGCAUCUGCCUGCCUGUCUAUGACUCUCACUGUUAGAAUGGAAUGACUUAAGAGUUUCAGCAGUGUUAUGUGUCAGCCCACAGAGGUUGUUAGUGGAAAGCUGCUCCUCCCUUUUAUACAGACACCUCCACCAGAAAAGAAAGUCCCGAGGCAACAGCGGGGACAAUCUGAAGUCCUUUCUCUGUUUUAAAACUAUAGCCCUUUCAUCAACUGAGAAGGAAGGAAGGAUAUCACUGAAAUUUAAAGGGUUGCUGAAGGGGCACAAUCCCUAUUACUAUGGAAGGAUUCAUGCAGAGCAGCUCGACCCUCCAACUCAAUAUGGAAUAAGUUACAAGCUACAAUUCUUUGGAUCAUUUCAAUGCAAGCCUCAACAUUGGACUUCAGUGUUUGACAAAGACAGGGGAGCAUUAUCAGCCAGUUGAAACUGAAUUGGACCUGAGCAAGAUGUCAUUUUAUUCAAGUCGGUGCCUCAGAUACAGGAGGAAGUUUACUGACAGUGAACAAGUCUGGUGAAUUUUGGAGCGCAUCUGCUGCGCACAUUUGGAACUCAGCAGGAGAUUCUAUCCCCCGACAAAAUCGCCUCACGCUUGAACGUCUCUUUACAGAUUGUGAUGCAGCUCAGAUGCUGGGCCUGGCCUGCCUCUCGGCCAAAUAGCCAGAGACUGAGGAUGGAUGGUGAUGCCUUGGCUGCGGUGAAACUUUGCGUCAGUUUCCUGAGUGAAGAGUAGGACGUUGACAAAUAACAUGUGAUCAGCUGACCUCUGGCAGUCUUGGCUGAGACGCAGUUAAAGCAGCUGCAUCUUGACUGCACAUCUCAAUCGCAAGCAUCAACUACAUAGAACCAACGUCUGUAGUUACGACCCGACUCGAUCGCAAGAAAUAUUUCUAAGGAUGUUCAGUUCUGAACUGAGAAUGGCACAGCCAGAAGCCUCAGGGCCAUCGAUUUAAUGGUUUAGCAUAACUGCAGCCAGAGUCAUCUUGCGACAUAAACAGUUGGAGAACAUUUCCCCAGUGAUUCUGCAUGAUGGCAGCAGCAUACAGACUCGUUGUUAGCACUGUGAACUGUUACAACAGCAUCAUAAUAGACCAGCGUUUCCAGCACACUGUACACUACUGUAAUGGGUCCUGCCAAGCCUUCCCGAAUGCUGCUGGAAUCAACUGCAAUGUGGUCCAUUAUGCCACCUGCUCAGAGCUGAGUCCCACAGCCUUACCUUUGUCCAGCCUACGAUUUGCAGGCGCUCAGGACCCGACCCACAAGUUUUCAAGUGCUGAAAGCGUGGCAGCUCCUGCUGAAGUCUCAGCUGAUGAUGGUCAUCAGCUUCUGCCUGGAAUUACCAGGGUCAAAAAGGGAACGACAAUGCAAGGUUCAUCCAGUCUAAAGGACAUCACGGGUGACACCAUUAAUCUGGCAAGUGGUAAAACUAAAGAGUUUGCAUUUGAAAAGGUGAAGUGUCCCACAAGUCAUGUGACCUUCAGGAAAGGAAGGAAAGUGAAGCCAGAUAUGGCCAGCAGAAAAUCUGCAGACUUUGAUCUACCGUACAACCAUAUUGGCAGUAAUGAGAAUUGUCCACCUUCUGAUUUUGCACAGAAAACACCUAUUGAGGAAAAAGACACAAACCUUAAUGCAUUGCACAAACAGAGUAUCAGUAAUGCCACACAGUUAUACUUCCAAAAUCUCUCAGAAAAUAACAUAAUUGCCAAAAUUUUGGAAAAGCACAAAUUGGAUAGUUCAGACACAGGAGAGGACAUUAGAGCCUGUUUGGACAUUCUUCUGAAGUGCUCUGAAGACCUAAAAAAAUGCACAGACAUCAUUAAGCAAUGCAUUAAAAGUAAGUCACUUAAUAACGACAAUAGUAAUGCCAGCGACAAUCCGGAUCUAAUCUACAGAAAUGUAAUGGCAAGACUUUCAAGCUACCUGAAGAAGCUGCCUUUCGAACUUGAACAUGGUUUAUCUGAACGAGGUAACCAGCACGAUUUUGCUGAGUUGGUUAACAGCCUGAAUAGUUUGCGGCAAAUACCAUAUCCUCCAUUUGGUAAUGAUCAGCCACCCCGAUAUGAGGAUGUUGUCCAGUCUUCAACAUCCCUAUCUACCAAUCUACCUCUUUCUCCUGUGGAUUCUCAAGUUGUUCAUAGAGCUACCAACUGUAACAGUAUGAAACCUGUUGAGAAUGUCCAUGGCCCUUCACCUAAUGGUAGUCUUCAAAACAGUGGUACCCAGCAAAGAAGCUCAACUGCUGUUAAUCAAACCCAUGUACUACCUCAUGUAAUUCCACCAAACCACUCGAACUCCAGUUUACGUUCCACUCAAGAUUUGUUUUUGCCCAGAAGUAGUGGUAAUAUUUCUAAGGUGUCUAUGGAGCCUCUUUAUAUUCAGGAGGAUUGUGAUGUUGCCAAGAUUUUAGCCCAGGAAUCAAGAGGGAACGAUUAUUUCAAUAUUGGAUUGGCUGGAAGUCUUGAGCCUCAUCAGCAGGUCACUCCAGCUGAGGCUUGUGGGAGAACAGGAAACCCAGGGGUUGGAAUUAGAGAUAAUAUGGGAGAAAAUAGAUCCUGUGUCCAGGUGACAUCCAAUUCACCCAGAUGUUCUAGUAAAGUAACUAGAAUCCAUGAUCUUACAGGACCUUCAAUAUCAGAAUCCAAAAGUAAAACAGAGAACGAUAAGGUAAUCCAACAAGAAGACAUUGAAAAGUUACUGAUGGAUUUGGAAACAUUUUCUCAAACAAUAGAUGCCAAGCAGAAAUAUGGUUCUCCGAGGAAUACUAACAUUGACUUGAAAACUCAUGGCCAGCCGUUGGAACAAGUUAAUUUCUUGACUGCUGAGUCAGGAACUCAGCACAAGGAGGAAUCACAGAGCGACAUUGCACUUUUAUCUUCUCCCACAAAAGGAACAAAUGUAAAUAAUAUUAACAAAAACGAAGCCGAUGAUGCGGCCCUGCUCUUGCGCAUCCUGGAGAGUAUCGAGGGGUUUGCUCAGGAGCUGGUUGAUCGAGGGAGUAGCAAAGGUAUUUUGGCGAGAGAAAAAGAAGUUAUGUGGAUACUCCAGGACACAUUGUCACAGGCUUCAGAGUCUUGCAAAACUUCACAACACUCAACGCAGCCACUUGUAGCUAAAGAUACAAGCUCACAUCUGUCCGUUCAGCAAACACCAGAGGUGAUCAAGGUCCAAAGCAUUAAAGAAAAGAAACCUGGAACUCCUCCUCCCACUGUAACGACCGUGACUCCCAGUCCUCCCACUGUAAACAAAGUUGUUGUCAGCACUCCGGCACCUGUAAACAUUCCACGCUUCUACUUCCCUAAGGGACUUCCAAGUGUCAGCAAUAACCAUGAAGAGACCAUUGCCAAGGUUGAAGUUGCCUUUGCUGAGUUUGAGGAUGAAAAGGGCGAUAUUUAUGAAAUGGGCAAAAUCGCAAAGGCAUGUGGUUGUCCUUUAUACUGGAAAGCCCCUUUGUUCAUUUCUGCUGGUGGAGAACGAACAGAAUUUGUGUCGGUGCACUCAUUCGUAGCCAUGUGGAGAAGAGUACUGCAGAGCUGUCACGAUGAUGCAUCUAAGUUUAUCUUUCUUCUUGCUAAGCCAGGCUGUAACUACCUAGAACAGGAAGACUUCAUCCCACUACUACAGGAUAUUGUGGAUACUCAUCCGGGGCUCACGUUUUUGAAGGAUGCACCAGAAUUCCAUUCACGAUACAUUACCACGGUUAUACAAAGAAUAUUCUACACAGUCAACAGAUCCUGGUCUGGCAAGAUAACACUGACGGAACUGAGGAAGAGCAACUUCCUGCAAACUCUCGCCCUCCUGGAGGAAGAGGAUGACAUCAACCAAAUUACAGACUACUUCUCUUAUGAGCAUUUCUAUGUUAUUUACUGUAAAUUCUGGGAACUUGACACUGACCAUGACCUCUUUGUUGACCAGAAGGACUUGGCCAGACACAAUGACCAUGCUAUCUCUAAUAGAAUUAUUGAACGAAUAUUCUCCGGUGCAGUUACAAGGGGAAACUGUGUGCAGCGGGAUGGACGAAUGAGCUAUGCUGAUUUUGUAUGGUUUCUCCUUUCAGAAGAAGAUAAGAAGAAUUCCACAAGCAUGGAAUACUGGUUUCGGGCCAUGGACAUUGAUGGGGACGGGGUGCUGUCCAUGUAUGAGCUAGAAUACUUCUAUGAAGAGCAAUGUGAACGGAUGGAGGGAAUGGGCAUUGAGCCAUUGCCAUUCCAUGAUCUCCUCUGUCAGAUGCUGGAUCUUGUGAAGCCAGAAUGUGAAGGUAAAAUAACCAUGCGAGAUCUAAAGAGGUGCCGAAUGGCUCAUAUCUUUUAUGAUACCUGCUUCAACUUGGAAAAGUAUCUGGACCACGAGCAGAGAGAUCCAUUUGCUGUGCAAAAGGAUGUCGACAGUGAUGGUCCAGAACCUUCCGACUGGGAUAAAUACGCAGCUGAAGAAUAUGAAAUUUUAGUUGCUGAGGAAUCGGCCAAUGAACAGUUACAGGAAGGCUCAUUUGAAGAAGACUAUGAAUCAGAUGAACUAUCCACUGCCCCAGAACUCAACAGCAAGAUAGACAAGCUUGUCAUUUCCGACCUGCCAACAUAAAUGUAAAGCUAGCUCAGCUGCUGGACAGUCAGGGUGACCAGUGCACAUUAACCUUGAAGACUGACUGCCACCCAGUCAGGUGUGUCGUGUAAAGAAAUUGUUAAUACUUUUUUUUGUCGGCUUUUUUGUUGAAGAGAAUAUGCUAGAUUUUAUAUCAGAACGAAGUACAUGCUUACUGUGUGCAAUGGACUUUAUUCAAAAUUUUAAAAUAUUGUCUGUUUGUGCAAUAUGUCUUAAAAUGCAGUGUUAUGUUUGUGGAUUUUUAUUAGCUGCCAUUGCUGCGUUUGACGCCGUUUAGUUUUGCUUGUUCUUUCCAUUUUUUCACCCUCUUGUUCACCUUUCAGGGUUGACUUCUUUGCAGUGCAAACCACCCUUUAAUCUGUGCCCUUAUCAAGGCUUCAUAAAGUUCCUUUCUUCCUAUUAGCAGUCUCAAGCACUGAUUUUGUUUUGCUCUCAUUGUCAAUUGACAGCAAUAGCCGAAUAGGCUGAUUAUCUGCACAAGUCAGAAACACCACUGCAAACCUGCCUUUAUAUAACGUUUCAAUUGUAGAAAAACAUCCCAGGUACUUUCACUGUAUGAAUGUCUGAUGAAAUGCACAGUAUUACCCACAAAAUCAAACCAGCCAGAGAUAUAAGAAAACUGAUUUAAGGAAACUCCCUGCUUUCCAAUUUCCUUGCAUGCAUUGUAUUAGCAAGUUUAUCGGAGCCUCUAUAAAUUGGAAAUCGGCUUUCAUGAAAAGGCCACACAGUCACAACUACCAGCACACAGCAACUAUAAGGCUUUCAGUCAGUUCUGCUCACGUUUUUUAAGUGAUAAUUUGAGCCUAAAUCUUGGGCUCUUGUUCUGACUUCCAUCUAACAUCCAUCUGCUUUUUUGGAAUCUACAAUUUUGUGCUCAAUUCAUGCUAAUGCAAUGGUCCAGUAUUUCAUUCAAUAGGCAAUUGAUGUCGUUUUGAAUGUGGAUUAAACAUUCAAUAUCCAAGUAGUCCCUUUCUUCCAACCACAUAACAGCUCAAGGCCAAACACAAAACUUCAUGCUGAGGGUGCAAAUUGCAGGAUAAAUUUACAAGUACUUUAUAUAAGCAACCAACCUCAAAUGUCAGUGAACAGUGUCAAAAAAUUGAUCGCAAAGUAAUUGUUUGAAAUUCUACCCCAAUGAAAAUAGGAUAGUAAAUUUCAGUCCUACAGAAGUCAAAAUCUCAAAAGAAUUGUGGCCACAACAAGUAGAAAUUUAAUAUAGGACCCAUAUGAAAACAACAUGGUACUUUCUAUUUCUGAAUAUUAAUAGAAGAAUUGUAAAGAAAGCAGAUUCCGUGUUCCUAAUAAGAAACUGUUAACACAGUGAAGAGUCUGUAAAUUGAAUCAAGUUAUGUAACUACUACAAAAUAUAUAAUGCAGAAGCAUUUACUUUGUCAUUCAAUGUAAUUUACUUUUAUUUUGAUUUUGAUAUUGUAAACUAAAGCUGCUUUGCAGCCUUAGUUAGAAAUGUUGCAUAAUGUCGAGUCAAUUUUACCAGUAUGAUUAUUUUUCCCCCACGCUUUCCAUUGGCCCAAUACCAAGCUGUCUGAUUUUGCAAUUUUAAUGUACUCCAGUUGCCUCUGUUGUGGAGGUUAGUUUAUUUCAAAAGUGAACACAAUUCAAUUGCCAUUUCAAAAUUUCUUGACUCUGCACAGUGGAGGUCAAACUUUAUUUGUAGCCCAUGAUUUCCUCCAGCAUGGGCCAACUACUUGUUUCAAUAAAUUACAAAGAAGGAACUUGA